UCUACUUGUUCUAAAGCUGCAUUUCAUUAUUCAGUUAAACACAAAAGAACAUUUUGAGGCAAGCAGGAAUCCUCUAAGCAUCGACUUCAAUAGUGUUAAUAUUAGAUAUUUGUCGGCAACUGAUAUGCAGGUCAAAAAUGUUCACAUAAAUGAUCAAAUUAUGGCUGUACUCAAAAAACAAAUGUUGCAAAGUAGAAUACUGAGCUGAACUUUUACUUAAAAGUACGGAUUUAAAUAAAAUACUAAAAAGUCAAAAUGACAAAAAAAAAGCUGCUAUGAAUGCAUGCAUAAGAUGCCGUUUAUGUCAGAUCUGUGAUGUAUGUAUGCAAUAUUAUGAGCGUUUCCAGAGGAAGAUGAGUAGCUUAUAAUAUUGUCUUCAAUUACUUUCAUAACUAUCCAGCGCAAUAUUACAUGAAUCAUUCUAACACCCAUAAGUUUAACACAGAAGCAUUUUUAUGUAUGUGCCAUUAUCCUGCCAAACAACACUCUCGCCCACCCUCUCUAACUUCUCACAUCUCUCUCUCUCCAUUUCCUCACGCAGCAAACAUCCUCACGGUGAUCAUCCUUUCUCAGCUUGUGCUGCGGCGGCAGAAAUCCUCCUACAACUACCUACUGGCCCUGGCUGUAGCCGACAUCCUGGUCCUGCUGCUGAUUGUGUUCGUGGACUUCCUUUUGGAGGACUUCAUCCUCGGAGCACCUCUGCCACACUCGCUCAACAAAGCCGUGCAGGUUCUGGAGUUCUCCUCAAUACAUACCUCCAUCUGGAUCACAGUGCCACUGACCAUCGACCGCUACAUCGCCGUGUGCCAUCCACUACGCUACCACACAGUCUCCUACCCAGCCCGAACUCGCAAAGUCAUCUUGGCGGUGUACGCUGGGUGCUUGAUCUCCAGUGUGCCGUAUUAUUGGUGGCCGGAGCUGUGGCACGGUCUCCCAGGAGCGAGCCCUGGGGGGCGCAGCAGUAGUGCAGGACAGCAUGUGCUAGUGUGGGUCCACUGCGCCACGGUUUACCUGCUGCCCUGCUCUGUCUUCUUUUCCCUCAACGCAAUUAUUGUCCGCAAGCUCCGCUGCCGUCGCAGCUGCUUCCGCCUCCGAGGAUACUCGACCGGAAAGACCACGGCUAUCCUUUUAGCCAUCACCUCAGUGUUCGCCGUUUUAUGGGCGCCUCGUACACUUAUGAUUCUUUAUCAUCUUUACACGGUGCAACCAGCGAUGCCGGGUCCGGCUAGACUCCUGCAUUUGGUAACGGAUGUAGCGAACAUGCUUGCUCUGCUCAACACCGGGGUCAACUUCUUCCUCUACUGCUUUAUAAGCAAGCGCUUUCGGAGGAUGGCCGGGACGGUGCUCAAAGCCUUUUUCCGCUGCAGAAAACAGCCGCCACCUUUUUACGCCAGUCACAACUUCUCAAUCACCAGCAGCCCAUGGAUCUCGCCUGCAAACUCGCACUGCAUUAAGAUGCUGGUGUACCAGUAUGACAAGAACGGCAAACCAGUUUGCAUAUCCUCAUGAAUGCCAACUCGAGUCGUGCCAUUCCAAUAUAAUAAAAGCUAACGAAUCAAGCAAGCUUGGGAAAGUACUUCCCGACUGGUAGAAGGCAAUGAUGGGAUUGCUAGGAAGUGCCUCAAUAAGACACGUCCAGUGUCAGGCUCAGAGAAAAUCUGGGUAAAAUAAGGCUCAUUGACAGGUGGAAAAAAACAGGAGUUGUCAUUAAGCUAUAACAGCUAAUUCCUUUCAGGAAAUCAAUGCAAAAAAAAGACUCUCAACGUUAAGAAUAACACAGAAAGUCUUUCUUGGAGUUCUAGCCGUUGACCAUCCAAACUAGUGUGAGAUAUGUGUGGAAUUGAUAGACAUGUCAUGCUAUAAACUAUAUUCCCAAAUUUGAAUAUAAUCAGCGAAGAUAUUCACUGUAUCUCCAAUCGCUAGCAUGGUUUUGAGUGGAUUGCACACCAAAGCAACAUUUUUCGAAGAGGAAAAGGAUUCAAAGCUAAAGCUGACAAGACGUUACUGUAUGUCAACCGCCUUUCGCCUCUCACCUUCUCAGCAGAGAGAGAAGAGACAGAGCACUUCCUCCCUUUAUGACAUUAAAAACAAAGCUGGCAUUUUAGUUUAAUAUGCCGUUGGUCUCCAAGGGCCUCGAAACUCUUAUUAACGCCUUUAGAUAUGCUCAGUGCUGGAAACCUGCUUCGAUAUUGCUGCCUGAUGAAGAAUAAUAGCGAACGUGAAGACUUCUGCUUCAACAACGUCUAAAGAAAAAAAAAAGCUUCUGGUGCAACUGACUGUUAAAUGUGCAAUUAAGGCAAAAAACACCUUUAGAGAAGAAUUAAUAUUCUUGAUCAUUCAAAUCGAUGUUUUAAGACACUCAUUGCUCAGUAUGUGAAAGGAUUUUCUGUCACAGAGACAAACACGAAAUAAUUAAGACUUUGCAACUUCUAGCACACACAAAGACACACACACGCACAUUCAUUUAUCCUUGGCUGGGCAGCCUGGAGAAAAAAAAAAGCGAAUAAGAGAACAGUUUUCAAAUAAAAUCAAUUGUUUUCUUCAGAGUGAGCUAUUGGGGAAAGCCACAUUCAUUUAUCUUCACAGGAGCGUGGUGUAGCGGGCUGCCAUCUGGGGUGCUUUAACUGUGGUGCAUAUAUAUUUAUACUAUACGGCGGCGAACAUGUUCCUAGAUAAGGUAGACAACUUAAAAAUGUAUGAUCUCUGUCGUAGACAAGGAUAUAUUCACCUGUAUUAUUAUUACCACAGGGCAAACUAGAUGGUUCUGCUGGAAGUUGGGGCGUUGUUGAAAAUGUAAAUGAGUAAUGGUGUUCGUUUGAGAAUUGAAAAUGGUCACUUUCCAUUACAGCGUCCAUCUUAAAGAGUGUGGAUUUUAAAGGAAUAAUUCACCCAAAAAUGAAAACUCUGUCAACAUUUGAUCACCAUUUACUUGUUCCA